CAAAGCAGGAAUGAAGGAGUGGUUUUAUGAUGAAGACCACUCCUUCUCAGGAGGACUACUUAUAGUGAUAAGGGAUCAGGCUGAAACUCAGUCGUGUCCCACCAUCACAAAAUGCAUCUCCUUAUGCUGAUCUUUGGGAUCGUGCUUCUCCCUGAAGCAUACACCCUGAAAUGCUACGAGUGUACACCGGGAAUCUCCGGAACCUGCACAGACGUGGAAAAAGAAUGCCCUGGUGGUCAACGGUGUAGUGCAAUAAGAGUCACUGCAUAUACAGGUGGUCCAAAACCUACUGAUGUCAACAUGAAAAGUUGUGCUUCGAUCGAUCAGUGUGGUGAAGGCUCAGUCAACUUUGGAGCCAUCAAAACCAUAAUUAACAGCAAGUGUUGCGCCACCGAGCUCUGCAACAUCCAACCUGCCCCUGAGCUCAGCCGAUCCAGUCCAAAUGGUAAGAAGUGCUUCUACUGCGAUGGAAAGACAUGCGACGCAACUGUAAACUGUGAGGGGAAGGAGGACUACUGCCUCUCAGCAACAGUGACUGUAGGUGAGAAGGUGACCGUGAAGGGCUGUGCCUCCAAGCUGAUUUGCUCAGAGCAAUCUACAGAGAUACCAGGAGUCGGUCGAGCAGAACUGAGCUGCUGUCAGGGGGAUUACUGCAACAGCGCCAGCAGCACAAGUGCUGGCCUUCUGCUCCUGGUGGCACCUCUGAUCUCUUUGGUCAUGCUCUCUUAACUGGUGGAGACGGCGGCAGCAUCACUGCUGCACACGGCACACAGCUUCUCAUCUUUGCACGGCCUCAUACUGCUCACACGCCUGUCCUUAUCAUUUCAAAUGAUGACAGUUUAGCAAGCAAAGCAUAAAAAGUAAUUUUGCAAUUUGUGAUUUAUCCUUUGUCUCAUACAGUUUCUAACUGGUUUAUUUUUAUUUUUUUACAUGCUGCCUAUGAAGCAUAGCAACUGUCUUGCAUAUAUACAUAAUGGUCAACAACAGCUCUUUCUGUGUUUUUUUAAGUAAAAUCAGGUGAAUGUGAAAAACAUGUUGAUGCAACUUUUUUCUUCUGAGUGCUUUUAUUUUUUUUAAUUAUUGAAUAAACACAUUUCUUGAAAU